AUGUUCGGCGCCAUCCCGGCGCUGGCCACGUUCUACUCGAGGAUGAAAAUGCCCGAGACCGCUCGUUACACGGCACUCGUGGCGAAGAACGCCAAACAAGCGGCGUCCGACAUGUCGAAGGUGCUCAACAUGGAUAUCGAGGCCGAGCCGGUGAAAGUCGAAGAGAAGAAACCGGGUUACGGGCUCUUUUCCCGGGAGUUCCUCGCGAGGCACGGGCUUCACUUGCUCGGGACGACGAGCACAUGGUUCUUGCUCGACAUUGCUUUCUACAGCCAGAAUCUAUUUCAGAAGGAUAUAUUCAGCGCGAUCGGGUGGAUUCCGAGCGCGAGCACGAUGAGUGCGGUUCGGGAGGUGUUCACGAUCGCUCGGGCUCAGACGUUGAUCGCGCUCUGCAGUACGGUCCCGGGAUAUUGGUUCACGGUGGCUUUGAUAGAUGUGAUCGGCCGGUUCGCGAUACAGCUGAUCGGGUUUUUCUUCAUGACGGUUUUCAUGUUCGCGUUGGCGUUUCCGUAUAAUCAUUGGACGAAGCCCGAUAAUCGGAUCGGGUUUGUUGUGAUGUACUCGUUGACGUUUUUCUUUGCGAAUUUCGGGCCGAACGCGACGACUUUUGUGGUGCCAGCAGAGAUAUUUCCGGCGAGGCUCCGGUCGACGUGUCACGGGAUAUCGGCGGCGGCGGGGAAGCUCGGGGCGAUAGUCGGGGCUUUCGGGUUUUUGUACCUGGCGCAGAAUCCGGACCCGGCGAAGACGGAUGCGGGUUACCCGGCUGGAAUCGGGGUGAAGAACUCGUUGAUAUUGUUGGGUGUUGUGAAUCUGUUGGGGCUUUUGUUCACCUUUUUGGUGCCGGAAUCUAAGGGGAAGUCGCUCGAGGAAAUGUCGGGGGAAAACGAGGACUAUAACAAAAACGACGACGUCCAGGUGGAAACAAGUCGGAACUGA